GUUGUAAUAAAAAAUAAGAGACUUUCAGCAAUGAAAAAAUCAUUGGUGAGUUCGCGCACCACUGGUAUCCUGCGUGAGCUCCAACAAUAUUUCGACAAGCUCAGACAAGUUUCCCUAAGCUGUGAGCAUACGUGAGAAUAAUUCAUAACCAUUCCAUCAAUGGUAUGGGAUAGUUGUUCGCUUAUUGUAGUGACUGAACAUGUCUUCCAGAAAGUUUUUGACCCAAAAAGAACUAGAAGCAGCUUUAGAGGAAGCAAUUGAUGAACUAGAAGUGGAGGGACAUGAAGCCAAACAAGGUAUACCUUUCCGAGGCCAUCGAGAUGACGGGCCAUUGUUAGAAGAAAGCAAUGUGACAAAUAAUGAGGGAAACUUCCGAGAGCUUCUUAGAUUCAGAAUCGAAGCAGGAGACAAAACUUUAGAAGAGCAUUUAAGAAACACGUCGUCACGUGCCACAUAUAUUAGCAAAAGAACGCAAAAUGAGUUGAUCGAAUGUUGUAAAGAAAUUUUGUCUGUUAUCGUGAAAAAAAUUGGUGAUGCUAAAUAUUACAGCAUUAUGUUUGACGAAACCACUGACAUUGCACAUGUUUCCCAAAUGUCGAUUGUUAUCAGAUACUUAGAAGGUAACAAUGUGCGGGAGGAUUUUGUAUCAUUCAUAGAUUGUCAUUCUGAAAACUAUGAGCUGAGUCCCGAUACUUUGGAACCGGUUUUGAAUGGUACUAUUUUGGGAAAAACAGUGAUAAAACAAGUUCAGAAAUUUGGUUUACCAUUGGAAAAUUGUGUAGGAAUUUGUACAGACGGUUGCAGUGUGAUGACAUCAAAACAACAAGGAGCAGUCCAAGAAGCUCAGAAAAAAAUGAAGCAAGAAACUAUGGAUUUAUUCAAUCUGCAAAUAUGUGUUCCUGUUAUAUUAAUUAAUUCAAAUGAAGAUGGCAUCCAUUCCGCCGUAGAAAUUUUGAUUGAAAAAUAUGGAAGUUUGUUUGAGACAUGUAGAGACGUGCUGAAGUCAACUUUCAUUGCAGAGCUGCAUUUAUGGAAAAUGAGAUGGAUACACAGCAAAGAAUUGGAAAUUCCCAGCGAUGGACUGAAUGCUCUCAAUCAAUGUGAUAAAAUGAUGUAUCCAAUCAUUCAUGACAUUUUGAAAAUACUGUGUACUCUUCCAGUGAGUGUUGCAUCUGCAGAGAGGAGUUUUUCAGGACUGAGAAGACUUAAGAGUUGGCUGAGGGCCAAUAUGGGUGAAGAUCGUUUGAGUGGCCUUGCACUAAUGCAUGUCGUCCAUAAGGACAUUGUCAUCAACGAAUCUAAUGUUAUAGAACGUUUCGCUAAUAGUGGGGUGAGACGAAACAUGGAGUUCGUCAUGUAA